GAAAAUCUGAUUUAACAGAAGAAAAGGUCCAGACAUUACUAUACAACUUGUUAAAAAUGUACACCUCUUUAUGUCAUAUCUACACAGAAUUUUACGGAGAACUAAAAAUGUCGAACCUUUUCAUCAACCAACAGCAAGAUAAUCUAGAGGCUAAUAUUAGUCAAAUCAAACAUAUCGUUGAUGUGGAGACCAUGAAGAAACCAUCCGAUCACGCUUUGAUCAAAUUACCCAAUGAUUAUUACGUGUGCAACGCUCAUCUCUUGUCACAACAAGGAUAUUUUCAAGAUAAAGUGAACGAAGCCACGAUGGAUUUUAAACAUUACGAUCCAUAUUCAAAGGUGGUUAAUACAUUCGCCAGGCGGGGAAUGAUUAUAAAGAAAAUUCCAGAUGAGUUUUUCAACAAAUUGUCCAACCUACAAAUUCUACAUUUAAGCAAAUGUAAACUUUUAGAAGUAAUUCCCGAUGGUCUAUCCAAAAGUUUACAAUUAAAGACACUUACAUUGGUAAAUUUACCGAAAAUAAAGUCAUUGCCAUCGGAUAUAUUCAUGUCCCCUUCUCUUGAAUACCUGGAAAUAUCACAAGUACCAGUUAAAAUUAUUCCAUCAAAGUUUCUUGAAACAAGCAAAUUGACAGUUCUGAUAUUGCGAUCUAUGGGUCUAACCAGUAUACCGCAUGAAAUAGGCAACCUAUCACAGUUGAAUACACUGAUAUUAAACUAUAACCCAAUAACAGAUUUACCCAUGUCACUAGGCAAGCUGCGAAACCUCACAGAUCUAGAUAUUGAUGGAAUGUCGUUAUUAGAAUAUGAAAGUGGUUUUAGUGCUGAUGAUUUGAUGAAAUGGUUUCAUACCAAGGCUUCUUUUUAUGUUGAUUACCUAGGAGAGGAGGUUGUACAAACUUUAUUCGAGAAGUUUGAUAUCAAUAAUUCGGGAACUUUAGAUGUGAAUGAAGUGGCUAAUCUGAAUAAUUAUUUAUUCUGGCAAGUACCAAGACUUGGGUCCAAUAAUAUCAAUAAUGAAGAAUAUGGAGGAAUACCACCUUGUGUGUUUCUACUCAUGAGUCUAGAACAUUUAUCUUUAAAGAACCAGGCUAUUACGGCUGUACCGGUACAUAUGUGUCGUCUGACUAAUCUCGCUAACCUUGACCUUGCUAGUGACCCCUUGUUAGAAAGUUUACCUGGAGCUCUAGGUCAUCUACCAAAUAUUAAAUCCAUCAAUUUAUUCCGAUGUCCAUCGUUGCGUACACCACCCAAUGAAGUUGUACAGAGAGGUUUUGAAUCUGUUCAGGCAUAUUUAAAACGUUUGGCUGGUGGUUUUACGGAAUGUAGACGAACAAAACUGAUGUUGGUUGGAUUAGGUGGUGCUGGUAAAACAAGUUUAUUAAAAGCUAUAAUGAGUGUUAAUAAUAAAACAGUAGGAACUAAAGGUGAACAGAUUACUGAUGGUAUAGAUAUACAACCCUGGACAAUCAAGAAUAAAGACAAUAUUGAAGUUACAUACAGUACAUGGGAUUUUGCUGGACAAACUUUAUACUAUAAUACACAUCAGUUUUUCCUAUCUAAAAGAGCGAUAUAUGUAUUGGUAUGGUCAACACGUCAAGGAUUUGAACAUGCUGGGUUAGAUUUCUGGUUGAGUUCCAUCUCCUGUCAUGCUCCUAAAACACCAAUAUUUAUAGUUGGAUCUCAUUGUGAUCAGGUGCCUAAAGCUGAUAUUGCUAUGAAUGAACUGAGGAAACUUUAUCCACAGAUUAUAGAUUUCUAUUUUGUUAGUUCUAUAACAGGGACGAAUAUUAAACAACUAAAAGAUGACAUGUUACGAGUAACUCUGGAACAGAAAAAUAUGGGAGAAAAAAUACCAAAAGUCUGGCUUAAUUUGGAGAAGAAAUUUUUAGAGUAA